AGGUCAUUUGGACGGGGUCAGUUUGUGUGUCGGUGUAAAUGUACCGUUAGGAGCAAUUUUAGGCUAUUUCUCUUUCAAUUUUUCAUGUGUACAGUAUCGUUAUAUAUCCAGGUGUAGGUUAUGGCUUUCCACAUUCCUCACAUCGCACUAGGGGACAAACUUUGGCUCCUACACGCCGCUGCGUUCGUGUACUACAUCACUGUGUCUGUCAUCUUCCUCACCACCGACCUCUACAUCACCAUUCCUCACAUUUACGCCGACUAUGAUUUUACGGGGAUUUUAUUACGCUACCUGCUGACGGUGUACAUCUUCUUUAACAUGGUGGCGAACCACGUCCUGUGCACGAUCACCGACACCACGUACCGUAACAGGGAGGACCCAGACCCGGUACCGCGGGCGUGGGGACACUGUAUGACCUGCCAGGUUCACACACCACCUCGUACCUGGCACUGUAGUAUCUGUCAUAACUGUGUCCUCCGGCGGGACCACCACUGCUUCUUUACUGCCAGCUGUGUGGGUCAUCACAAUCAAAGGAGUGUGAAUGGGGUGUACACAAGCAUAGUGGCUAUGACUGACUCCAUACAGAAGAUAGCCACAAGGCCUGGCAAUAUUGGACAGAAGGCUCAGGUUGUUUUGCAGAUUCUCAAGGAUCUGUGA